AUGGACGUUCUAGAGCCAUGGCUGGCGGCCACUAUAGAGGGAGAGCUGGGUGAGGCUUUACGUCAUGAGGAGGAAGGCGCAAACAAACAUCCAUCGAUUGGGCAGCCCCGAGGGCUAUCGUAUGAUGAUGCCAGUAAUCUGAGGAUAACAUCUACAAAAAAGGGACUCGUUGUUCAGAUCACUAAGUUCUUGACCUUCGACGAGCCUAUACAAGUCACACUUUCUGACAGCGUUAUACGUGUCAAUGCUUCCAUCACCAAUCAGGCGUCUCGAAGAUACGCUAAGAAGAACAAAAGAAAUCUUACAGAGGGAACCGUUGGAGGCCUCAUACAACUGCACGACUUCGAGAUUGUCGCAACACAUCUUGGUCCAAGAGAUAAAAGGCUUACGCUCUAUGUCAAAGAGUUCAAGGUCAUUGGCUCGGACGGAUCUGGUAACUUUGGGGUCGCCCCUCAGGCUAUUGAGAGCAGGGAGGGGACAAAGGAGCUUUUGAACAAGCUAGCAGACUUGCGAAGACACGGACCGGACGCACACUCCCACCAGUCAGCCGCUGCGUCACCAAUCAGGUCUCAGCCCUGCACACAGACCUCCGACGCAGGGGAGAAUCAGGGUAGCCAGAUAGGCUUUGCAACUCAGGCACCUCGCUCUAACGCGUCUGUUGUUAGCAAGCCCAAGCCAUCAGAUCCAACUACCGGUAUCAACAUAGGCUCUAUCUCCAGUGCAAACAGUGUCAAGUCAUUACCUCCACCAACAAAGAGAAAAUACGGGAGUUUUUUAGCGACUUCUUUGAGUCCCCGUCAAGUGCAGGCGACCCCUCAGAGACCAAGUGUUAAUAGCACCAAAGCUCUCUUAGGCCUACUCCAACAUCAUAAGCGUACUCUACCGGUACCAGAGGUUAUCCCGCAGCCAACAACUGUGUAUUCCCUAGGGUACACUGCGGCCUCAAUCGGACCCGCUGUCGUUGAGGAAGAGAACACAGCUUCUCGAGAUAUCACUCUCGCUCCCGGUGAUGAUAAUGUUACCAGAGCUCCCAUUGAAACCCAGAAAAGAAAGAGACAGUCCCCGGACAAGACCCCAAGAAAGAAAGCAGCCGAUAGUCAUAGAGUACAUGGGAUCGACCAAGACUGUGGGAGCUUGGGUGUAGAUUGUGACCUGGACACGAAGGCGGGAUCUAGGGCAGCUGUAACCGAAGCCUCCAUCCACGCACUCCAUAGUCGGUCAGCCAGCUCCUCGAUAUCAAAAACUGCAGAUUCGUACCCUAACGCCCCAUUGGACCUCUCAGAUCGUUCCAUUUCAAAACUUACAACCUCGGUCUCCGGUCAAAACACCGGUCAAAAUCGAAUCAGGAGCAGAGACGUGAAAAUCCCGAAAGACCAAGAGGCUUUGUUGAACCGUGCGGACUCUUGGCUGCCAGCAGAGCCUGGUCAGCGCGAGCCCACAGCAAACAUACCAAUCUCUUUACUCAAGAAGCUGAAUCGGAAAGCGGACCUCCGUGCUCAACGGCCAACAAAGAGACGGAAUCAAGAAAACGGUUCAAUGACCCCGGGUGCGGUAAUUGACCUAACAGCCGACUCGGAAUCAGAUAUACCUGUAUCCUCAGGACAAUGGCCCCUAUCGCCUCAAUACCGUCAGGACUUCUUGGCUUCCAGGAGAAGUAGCGAGAGCAGCACUCCUACGAUGAGCCCCACAGUGUCUUUCAUCACUUUUCCGGGGGCCACGUCAGAAGAUCCACUAGAGCGAUCCCGGCCAGUCCGUCCGGGGUUCUUGGCUUCCAGAAGAAGUAGCGAGACCAGUACUUCUACAAAGAGUCCAAACAUAAACCUCACCGCACUCACGGAAUCGAUCCGGGCUGACCGGCGCAAUGCAGAAGUCGAAAAGAACGUUGGGAAUGUGACUGUACACAACCAGUCGAUUGAUACUGAGAUUGAGCGCCAGAAGAAGAUCGAGUUCGAAGAAUUGUCGGCAAGAUCUCCAAUGCAAGAAAUGAAGGAUGCUGCACCGCUUCCGAAUGGUACCACAUCUAUAGAACCAGAUGGCCUUGGUACAAAGCCUGGUGCGCAAGAGAAUCCAUCCUUUGAUCCCGAAACAGACUCUCCCAUGUCCGUUGCGCAGAAUACAGACAUCGAAGGUCCUGACGCAGAGCAGAGCCUGGUGAUGGAGGCAAGCUUCUACGUCUCUACUGAUGAAGCGCAGCGAGCUCAGUCUGUCGAGCUUGAUGUAUCCUUUCAGUCGCCGGACCAGAAGACCGAGAAUAGCCUUGCGAACGCAAAUGAUGGCGCAGAUCAGAAUGUCGAGUCAGAGAUCGACCUGACGGUUGCGAGCCAUGGUCAACUGGUGAACACUGGUGAGGACGCUCGGCCGGUGGACUCAAAAUCAGACACAGCCCUCAAAGAUUUACAUCCUCGGGCAGACGAAAUCGCCGAGCAGGAAAGCAAUGCGCCGACACCAGAAGUAAGAUUAGAUCAAGUCGCUGAGCCCGACACCGUCACGCUAGAGUCCCUAUAUCAACAAACAUCGUUCAGAGACAAUGCAGACACUCAGGUGUCUGGAAAAACUACACCGGAGCCUACAUCUCAACAGCAACCAGCCACAGUGGACGCAGACAUACCAAUGCCUGAUGAGAUUGCAACGGAGCGCGCAUCGCAUCAACCGUUUGAAGAAGUAGACACAAGCAGUCCCAUGCAUGACGUCUCGGUCAAUCAUGACAUCACGCCCUUGAAAUUCAUUGCUCACAUGGACGAGCCCAUGAAACAAACCACGUCUCUAUCUAUUGCCGUCCCGGUCUUCGCCGCUGAGUCUGAUAGAGAUAUUCAACCACAUCUUUCUCCUGCGGCCGUUGAACCUGUUCUCCCACUAAGCACCCCUAUGUCAGAUCUCGAAGUGAAAUCAGUCGAAGAGCACCAGAGCGCAGAACAGCUGCCGAUUCAAAUCACUAAGCAGGGAUAUUCCGCACCUCAUAACAUUUUCGAUAUUUUCAAAGCAAUGUAUCCCUCCUACCCUGGAGACAUCAAUCAUUUCGCGGCUAUAUGCAGAAAAAUCAGCCGGCUCGUGAAAGCCAAUCGAAUGGAGCAUCAAUCUCUGUGGGAUGACUUCAUCGUCAGGCACAAGCUCGAAUAUGCCCAGUACCUUCGACGAUGUGCCGAAGAAGCAGAGGAUGCCGUACCUUACGAAGAAUUCUACCAAACUGAAAUUGAGGCGCCUCAGUAUCAAAACCGUGUCAUCAAUCGACGAAGCCUAGAUGAAGCACUCGCUAUCGUCGCACGGAAGCCUAGUGCUGAUAGGGUGCACGUCGAGCCUACGAAGGAAGAUGAGCUUCGCGUUGAGCUGGUGGAGCAUAUUUUCACUUCCGAGACAGACCCCGCUAUUGAGAAGAUGCAUUAUGAAUAUGCACCUGCCAACGAUGAUAGGCCACUGGAGCUGGUAGGAACCAAAUCCGCACCGAAGCCGGCGCGCUCUGGUGACACUCAGCGGAAGCCGUCCGAAUCGCGGGUCAUUAUUGAUCUCACAGCGGACGAUCCGCCAGACGAGCAGGCUAAGAGGACAAAGCAAAGAGAAAUACUGCCCCAAUCGAGUGUUCCACAUCUAGUCAACGGUGUAUUUGGUGCGCCACGACCGUUGCAGAAUCGUCGAGAUAGCUCCGGCAGCCUACAACAGGUGCCCUAUACUCCUCCUACAACGCGAGGCUCGUAUAAGCCUCCACUUCCACAAUCAAUUCGAUCACCGCUUGUACCCGCCACGAUCUCGACCCAAAGCACUACCAAGAGCAAUCGGCGAUCUCUACCGUGGAAAGAGUCUGAUCAUGGUGUCCAUCAGAGCUCACCGAACGCAACCGCAACCAACUCUCCGGAACGACUCCCUGCUUCAGAACUGCGAGAGGUCCACGUCGAAGGAUUCAGCAACGCCCGCUUACCACUCUUGGCAAAGUCGACCCCCGAGGACGCGAAGCAGAACCAAGGUUUGCUAAACACCUGCCACAGAGGCUGGAAUACUUUCGUGGGCAGGUAUUUUUUACAGACCAUGGUCGAGCUGCUGGCCGAAAUUGCGAGCAAAGUCAAUGUUCGUGAGGCGCGCAAUCGAAUAAUGGAUGCCAUAGAUACUCGCGUUCGGGAUAACGCUUGGCGAGACGCCGAUCACCCGAGUCAAGAUCGGAAGAUAUUGAGGUCAGACCUCGAGGUGGUGAGAGGCGUUGUUGAGACCUCGAGUAUGAGCACCACGAGUCCCUUUUCUCCACCUCAUACUAGUGCGGCGGUCGAAAAGCAGGACGAAGGUACGCCGUCUAAAUGGUGGGACGAUGAGAGUUCACUAUAUGGAAGCUUCGUCAGAGCUAACACUUCGAUUCGGCAGGGUAACGGCAACAGCUUUGCCAAAGCCAACCGGGCGGAGCCAGCAGAUGCCGAGAAAGUCUACGAAGCUGCAAGUAGUGGUGUUCAGCUGAAGAAGAUCGAUAUCAUGAGAUGGAACUUGUAG